AUGUCCAGAAUAAGGGAAGGAUUUGAUGAGAUUGGAGAGAAUUCGAUGACAGGAGAGAUAGAUGCAGUGAUGGUAAGGAGACAUAUGUUGGGUCCUCCAGGAAGUUUAAACACAGUCACACCUUGUGCGGCAUGUAAGCUUUUGAGAAGAAGAUGUGCAGAAGAAUGUCCUUUUUCUCCUUAUUUUUCCCCACUUGAACCUCAGAAAUUUGCAGCUGUUCACAAAGUUUUUGGUGCAAGCAAUGUCUCCAAGAUGCUCAUGGAGGCGCCUGAGCCCCAAAGAGUUGAUGCAGCUAACAGUUUGGUUUUCGAAGCAAACGUGAGGCUGAGGAAUCCAGUAUAUGGAUGCAUGGGUGCAAUUUCGGCUUUGCAACAACAGGUUCAAACUUUAGAAGCUGAACUUAAUGCAGUAAGGGCUGAGAUACUAAGAUAUAAGUACGGAGAAGCUGCAAAUACUAUAAUUGCUUCAACUAAUUCUGCGGCUUUGUUUUCCUCGGGAACCGUGUCUGUGGCUGAGCUACCACAAGCCCCUCCUACUCCAACUGCUGCUCCACCGCCACCUACUCCUCCUCCUCCUCGACCGGCUACUGUUGUCUCUUCCUCGUCUUCAGCUCCAUCUUUGUACACUUCCCCUCCCAGCAUGGCGAGCUUCGACAACAUUUCAAAUAAUAACAUACCAUAUUUUCGCUGA